AGAUAUACUGAGGGAGCGCUGAGAAGCAGUCUCAGAUCCUGACGGUGCAGCAGCCCGCAGCCUCAGCCAGGGAGUCCCAGUCGCUUUCAAUGGAGGAGAAGCCCGGCCAGCCACAGCCUCAGCACCAUCACAGCCACCACCAUCCUCACCAUCACCCCCAGCAGCAGCAGCAGCAGCAGCAGCAACCGCACCACCACCACCAUUAUUAUUUCUACAACCACAGCCACAACCACCACCACCACCACCAUCACCAGCAGCCUCACCAAUACCUGCAGCAUGGAGCCGAGGGCAGCCCCAAGGCCCAGCCAAAGCCGCUGAAACAUGAGCAGAAACACACCCUCCAGCAGCACCAGGAAACGCCGAAGAAGAAAACAGGCUAUGGUGAACUAAAUGGGAAUGCUGGAGAAAGAGAAAUAUCUUUAAAGAGCCUGGGUUCUGAUGAAGCUACCAACCCUAUUUCCAGGGUCCUCAAUGGCAACCAACAAGUUGUAGACACUAGCCUGAAGCAGACUGUAAAGGCCAGCACCUUUGGGAAAGCAGGAAUUAAAACCAAGAAUUUCAUUCAGAAAAACAGUAUGGACAAAAAGAAUGGGAAGUCUUAUGAAAAUAAAUCUGGAGAGAACCAGUCUGUAGAUAAGACCGAUACUGUAGCAAUUCCAAAUGGUGUUAUAACAAGUAAUUCUGGCUAUAUUACUAAUGGUUAUAUGGGCAGAGGUGCAGAUAAUGAUGGUAGUGGAUCUGAGAGCGGAUAUACCACUCCUAAAAAAAGGAAAGCUAGGCGCAAUAGUGCCAAGGGUUGUGAAAACCUUAAUCUAGUACAGGACAAAAUAAUGCAACAAGAAACCAGUGUCCCAACCUUAAAACAGGGACUUGAAACUUUCAAGCCUGACUAUAGUGAACAAAAGGGAAAUCGAGUAGAUGGUUCGAAGCCCAUUUGGAAGUAUGAAACUGGGCCUGGAGGUACAAGUCGAGGAAAACCUGCUGUAGGUGAUAUGCUUCGGAAAAGCUCAGAUGUUAAACUUGGCGUGAGCAGCAAAAAGUUUGAUGAUCGGCCCAAAGGAAAGCAUGCUUCAGCUGUUGCUUCCAAAGAGGACUCGUGGACCCUAUUUAAACCACCCCCAGUUUUUCCAGUGGACAAUAGCAGUGCUAAAAUAGUUCCUAAAAUAAGUUAUGCAAGUAAAGUUAAGGAAAACCUCAACAAAACUAUACAGAACUCCUCUGUGUCACCAUCUUCAUCCUCAUCCUCUUCGUCAUCUACCGGGGAGACUCAGACCCAAUCUUCAAGUCGGUUAUCCCAGGUCCCUAUGUCAGCGCUGAAAUCUGUUACUUCUGCCAACUUUUCUAAUGGGCCUAUUUUAGGAGGGACUGAUGCAAGUGUGUAUCCUCCAGGGGGUCAGCCACUGCUAACUACUGCUGCUAAUACUCUAACACCCAUCUCUUCUGGGACUGAUUCAGUUCUCCAGGACAUGAGUCUAACUUCAGCAGCUGUUGAACAAAUUAAAUCUAGCCUUUUUAUCUACCCUUCAAAUAUGCAAACUGUGCUGUUGAGCACAGCACAAGUAGAUCUGCCCUCUCAGACAGAUCAGCAAAACCUGGGGGAUAUCUUCCAGAAUCAGUGGGGUUUGUCGUUUAUAAAUGAGCCCAGUGCUGGCCCUGAGACUGUUAUUGGGAAGUCAUCAGAUCAUAAAGUGAUGGAGGUGACAUUUCAAGGAGAAUAUCCUGCCACUUUGGUUUCACAGGGUGCUGAAAUAAUCCCCUCAGGAACUGAGCAUCCUGUGUUUCCCAAGGCUUAUGAACUGGAGAAACGGACUAGUCCUCAAGUUCUGGGUAGCAUUCUAAAAUCUGGGACUACUAGUGAGAGUGGAGCCUUAUCCUUGGAACCCAGUCAUAUAGGUGACCUGCAAAAAGCAGACACCAGUAGUCAAGGUGCUUUAGUGUUUCUCUCAAAGGACUACGAGAUAGAAAAUCAAAAUCCUCUGGCCUCUCCCACGAACACUUUGUUAGGCUCCGCCAAAGAACAGAGAUACCAGAGAGGCCUAGAAAGGAAUGAUAGCUGGGGUUCUUUUGACCUGAGGGCUGCUAUUGUAUAUCACACUAAAGAAAUGGAAUCUAUUUGGAAUUUGCAGAAGCAAGAUCCCAAAAGGAUAAUCACUUACAAUGAAGCCAUGGAUAGUCCAGAUCAAUGAAGGACCAGACUGCCUAUUCGUAACCUUUCUGCAGCAUUAGAGCCACCGUUCAUGGGGGACACAAGGCUUUUAUGCUCCUAGAUCUUCAACGCAGCAGAGGAACCAUAAGUAGAAUCACAGGAUAAUAUAUACAAAUAUAUAUAUAUACAUACAUAUAUAUAUAUAGUUAUUUAAAAAAAGGCAACUGAAAGUAAUUAGACUUCUUAAGGAAUCAAAUUUAUUUCAAGAGACUACACACAUGGUUAUUUAAUCUCCGGUACUGAAUAGUUUUUUUUUUUUCUUCUUCUUCUUUUGUUAGUUUUUGUUUUUUAAGUGUGAAUGCAAGUGAUUAAUGAAUACAGACUUAACAAGCGUGGUUCUAAAGUUCCUGCUGUCAUCAACUUGGGCAACAAACGACCCACUGGAAAGGCAAAUCCACUUAAAAGAUCUCUGUAUCUUGUUCUGUGACUAAAGUGAUACACUAAUCACGGGGAACCCAGAAUGAUUCAACAUUUUCCCCCACUCCCUUGAUCUUUUGGUUUUACUUUAAGCCCUGCAAGAAUGCUGGAUAAAUGCCUUGAAGUUUGCAGGGCUGUAUUUUUUUUUUUUAACGAAUAUGAUUUGCAUGUCUUGCCAGGAGUUAAGCAGCCUCUGUGGGGAGUUGGGAAAAUAUUUUCUUUCUUUCAUUUUAUUUUUUAUGGGGUGGGGAUAGGGGAGGGCAUUGAAGUUCUACAAUUCUGGAAUAGUUGGUGGUACAUAGUUAACUUGGCUUCAGUUACGUAUUGGACUCUUAACAACUGAAGAAUCCAUGAGUGUCAUUUAAAGAAAACUUGCAGAACAGGCAAUUGGCUUAGAUAUUUAAUAUGGAAAAAUAUUCCUGUGCCCAUAUUUUAAUGUAAUUGUAUAACUGGGAGCAAAAGUAUAUUCUGCUUUUCAACUGUAGGUGCUCCAGACUUGCUCUCUGUCACUAACACUAAGUGUGCUGUUAUUGUUUUUCAUCAAACAUCUAAGAGAAACUUCUGUACCUUUCUGUACAUUCUUUUAAUUUCUCAGCAAAAUCUAAAAGGGGAAGAGAAAAGCCCAUAAGAACUAAAACUUUUCAAGUUUUUAGCUAGUGAGGAGUUAAUAAAACCUGCCUAUAGAAGGUGUGUUUUCAUGCAAACUAUACUUCUGAGCUUAUUAGCUUCUAAUUAUAUCUUAAUAUAAAUAUAUUUUGUUACUAGAGCAAAAAGGGUUUUUAAGAAAAAUAAUGUGACAUUCUGGAAAUUUUCUUUUGGGCAGAGAAGAGCAUUACCCUGUCUUACCAUCACAUUGCUAUCCUUUUGCACUGCAGCUUGUGUAUAGCAUGCUAAAAGAAAUUUUUGUGUGUGUGCAGAAACUAAGGGUCCAAUGUAAGAUUGGGUGAUGUUAGUGGCUUAAUAACAAGUUCUCUGACCUGAUGUAGUGUCACACCACAUACAGAGAAAUUAGUAUAUCCAUGUAUGUCAAAUACAGGUUAAAAUAGCAGGGCAUUUUUAUAAAGAGUUGUCUUCUAAUAAAAGUAGACUGUAUCCCCUGGGCUAUUUGGGGAGAUAGUAACUACUUUUGCUCUACCCCUUUGCUUAAGAAGUGUUCAGUUUUGAGCGACUGUAGUAUGGAUGGGUUUUCUUGUUCUGUUGGUUUAAGACUUUUAACAAGUAGUUCAUGAAAGAAGCUGUUGGACUCAACAUAGUUUAGAGAAAAUAUCUUUUUAGUCUGGAUUUCUGCCCUGCUUAGAUUUUAAAAGUAUGAGCAUGGAUUGCCAAUUCCACUUGUUGUAAACAAAACUUUUUAUACAUAAUAUAUAUAUAAUAACUUAUUGUAUCAGUCCAGGUUCAGAAACUUGUGGUAGGCCAGUUCCAGAUAGUUUCAUUUCACCUGUAAACUGUAUCACUUUUACUGAUAUUGUAAUUUUCAAAUGUAUAAUAUGUUUACAGAUGUGCCCUGCAUUUAGUCUGCCUUGUUCCUAUUUUAAUUUUUGUUGAGUCUCCUGCCUGCUUGCCAAAAGCUAGGAUGCUUCAGGCCCGUGUACAAUUGAAAGCAGAGGCAUCCUUGAGCUUUAAAGCAUUGAACAAACUGGAAAAUGCAACAUACCACAUACUGAAGUGAAAAGAAGUCUGUGUCUUUGUGUUUUUUUUUUUUUAAUAAAAUUUUUCAAAAAGUUUAAAAAAAAGAUAAAAGGUUGAUUAAAGAAAAGAAAAAAAAAGGCUCCAGUUUGUUUUACAGGUUUUAAAGUUCUGCUGUGUGUUCAAUUGCCUUGUGUAACCACUUGUCGCCUUAGGGCCAGAUCCCCCCCCCCCCCCUUUUUUUUUUAAUGUCCAUUUUGCUUGCCUGGAAUUUUAAAGUUCUUCUGUCUCACAACUCACAAGAAACUUUCUGGGUUUGUGACGUAGAGAGGUUGAAUGAAUAUAUAUUAAAAACAAAAAAAACCCCACCCAGUCCCCAUUUGAAUUAGGCUUUUUAACUUAGAAGCAACACUUAAUUAAACCUUUAGAAAGCUAUUGCUUUCCUAAUUCCCUUCCAUAUCCCUCAGGCCUCCAUGUUCAGAGAAGCCAAAAAGAGAAUGUAACCCUUCUGUUUGUCCAAAGGUUUUGAGAAUCUCACUUCUAAAUGAAACAAUGCAACAUUUCAGUUUGAUUUCUCCACUGAAAUUUCCUUGAUUAUAUGGUUAGAGGUAUAUAGUUAGGAAUGUCUCUUAACUUUCUGAGAACCCUAGUGCCCCAUCAUAUUAACUGUCAGUAUUUUGGGGGCAUUGGGUUAAUGGACUUAAUCGCCUAGAUACAAGCAGGACUUUGGGACAAACCUUUGUGCUGUUUGGAAACACUUAACUUUCUACUUGUUGCAAUCUUUCUCCUUAGGUCCUCACACAAUUCUUUACAGAGCACUUAUUAAAAAAAAAAAAAUCUUAAGAGUUGAUCUGUUUUCUGAUUAUUUUUGUGUAAGCUUCUAAACAAAUUUCAGCUGUGAUUAAUUUAGCACAUUUAAAUAACAUUAAUGUGUUAAUGUUUGAUAAAAAGAGUUUUCCUUCAACUCAGAGUAUUAGUACUGUAGCAUAAACCAAAUACAGUCUAGAAGGGAUUUUUAACAUCCCUCCAUUAUAAAGACUGAAAAAGGUGUGUGUGUGUGUGUGUGUUGAGUGCUUGUGUGUGAGGGAAAGAUGGAGAUAUUACAAAUUAGUAAAUGAAUGUGUAUAAGAAAUUAUAUUAGUAUUCAGAGAAUGAACUUGUAUUUAUUUUGUGCCAUUUGUUUUCAUUACACAGAAUAAAGUCAGGUGGUUUAAAUCCUUAAAAAGGUAGUAUUUGAAAAAUGGCACUAAGAAUGAAAUCAUGACCUAUUUUUUUAAUAGCUAUGAAGAUACUAAUUAUGGGUGAAGAUUUCUUUUUAAAUCUGUCUUGAUUGUAGGCUUCUGUGUCACAUACCGCUCUCGUGUAGUUGUCUUGAAUAAUCCCCCUUCCCCGCAAAAAGACAGGGUGUAUUUAUCUUUCUCUUUAUCCACCCCCACUUUGCCAAACCUGAAGUUAAUUGCAUAGCCUUUCCUCUAACCUCCUUAGUAAUGAACCUUCACAUAAAGUGUAUUUACAACAUCUAUAGGAUCCCUUCCUCCUCUGCUUUCUAGGAGGGGAUAGCCAAUAACUCAGAAUUUGUUAAUAACAGUUUUUUCUUUCUUGAAAUAAAUGGCUGGAGAGUUUCUCUCCAUUUUAGAA